GUGGGGGGGAUGCUGACGUUUAGGGUGCACCAUCUGUGCAAAAGUCGACCCCAUUUCCGGAAACACCCCAUUUCGCAGAGAAUACUGCUCCCUUCACUUUGCUGUCCCUUCCUCUCCCCCGCCACUCCGCCCCUGCUAGCCUCAGCCAAUCAGCAUGCACGCCGGGACGCGCAAGGGGAACGUUCCGGGACGUUCUUGCUACGUACUCUUUAUCAAUCGUCUUCCCGCGCAGACCAGUCCUUGUUUUCUGUGCUCCUCCAAGCUCGCCGUCUGUCCGGGUUUUUUACGUUUUAAUUUCCAGGACUUGAACUGCCAUGUCCUCUGAAGAAGGAAAGCUUUUCGUGGGAGGUCUCAACUUUAACACCGACGAGCAAGCGCUGGAAGACCACUUCAGCAGUUUCGGACCUAUCUCUGAGGUGGUCGUUGUCAAGGACCGGGAGACUCAGCGGUCCAGGGGUUUUGGUUUCAUCACCUUCACCAACCCAGAGCAUGCUUCAGUUGCCAUGAGAGCCAUGAACGGAGAGUCCCUGGAUGGUCGUCAGAUCCGUGUGGAUCAUGCAGGCAAGUCUGCUCGGGGAACCAGAGGAGGUGGCUUUGGGGCCCAUGGGCGUGGUCGCAGCUACUCUAGAGGUGGUGGGGACCAGGGCUAUGGGAGUGGCAGGUAUUAUGACAGUAGACCUGGAGGGUAUGGAUAUGGAUAUGGACGUUCCAGAGACUAUAAUGGCAGAAACCAGGGUGGUUAUGACCGCUACUCAGGAGGAAAUUACAGAGACAAUUAUGACAACUGAAAUGAGACAUGCACAUAAUAUACACAAGGAAUAAUUUCUGAUCCAGGAUCGUCCUUCCAAAUGGCUGUAUUUAUAAAGGUUUUUGGAGCUGCACUGAAGCAUCUUAUUUUAUAGCAUAUCAACCUUUUGUUUUUAAAUUGACCUGCCAAGGUAGUUAAAGAUCUUUAACAGUUCCAUCUUUUAAAAAAUUUUUUCUGCCUAUUUAAAGACAAAUUAUGGAACGUUUGUAGAGCCUGAGUGUUUUUCUUUUUACCAGUUUUUUAGUUAGAUCUCUCAGGAUUAUUGGAGCUAGCAAUAAUUGAUUCUGGCAAGUUUGGCCAGACUGGUUUCAGAAAAUUAAUGUGUAUCCAGGACAUUUUAAAAACCUGUACACAGUGUUUAUUGUGGUUAGGAAGCAAUUUCCAAACGUACCUAUAAGAAAUGUGCGUCAAGCCAACCUGACCAACAUGGUGAAACCCCAUCUGUACUAAAGAUAAAAAAAUUAGUCCUGCGUGGUGGCAUACACCUGUAAUCCCAGCUACUCGGGAGGCUGAGGCAGGAGAAUCGCUGGAACCCCAGAGGCGGAGAUUGCAGUGAGCCGAGAUCGCGCCACUGUACUCCAGCCUGGGCAACAGAGCGAGACUCCAUCUCAAAAAAAAAGAAAAGUGUAUCAAUAACAUGAUUAUCCAGGGGUAUUUUCUAAUUCAGAUAAUCAAACUGAUUAUAUAGAAGAGUUGCUUUAAAAUGUUUGCAAAUGUCUUUUUUUUUUUUUAAUACUGGAAGAAAAAAUAUUCUGUUGUGUCUCAUACAGUGCUUAGGAUGUCUUUCACAGAGCUUAUUAAAAAGAUGAAACC